CACACAUUAAAUAAUUAAUGAAAUUUCAUGAAAUUAAUUAUAUUUUUAUAUAUAAAUUUGUUAUAUAAUUUUAUAUACACCAGUGGAACGAGAAUUACCCCUGGUGAUGAAGAAUCUAAUGAUAAAUCAGUAGCGUCUUCACUGUCAAGUGAUUUGGGUGACUUAUCGGAGAAUGUGAACGAGGUGACUGAGGAAUACAGCGAAGACUCCGGAGAAACAGGCACUCCCAAAGAAAUUAAAGAGAAAAAAAUAAGGAAAAACUACCAAAAAGAGUUUGAUAAAGACUUUCUCGACGCGGAAAAGGUGGUUGAGAAGCAGUAUAAUAAAUAUGUGAAAGGGACGUAUGAGUCACUGGAUUUAAUACAAUUUUCAUCCGAACAUUUGAAGAGAUUUUGGUACACAGGACAGUGCAAGUUUGUUCACAGUGUUCCUAAUCACACAUUUAGGCGUAACUAUACUCUUGAAUGUCCUAAAAGCUGGGUAAAAGUUGAAAAUGGCUGUAAAGCACCGGAAAAUUACAGUGGCGAUUGUGAUGAUUUAAGGGAUUUUUCAAAUAUGAAACCGGAGGAGAAGGAAGAUUUCGCAUGGAGGUGUCAAGUUGAAUGGCCUUGCAUCAACGAGAUGCCAAUUGAUGAGGGAUUCGAAUGCCCAUUUGAGUGGGCUCCAAUAUCAGAUUCACUAUGUCUAGCACCAAAGACUUAUGAUGGAAUAUGCUCACCAAUAAUUGAUAUGUCAACUGUGGACAUUAGUAAGAAAGCGUUUUAUGAGUGGAAAUGUAAGGUAAAAUGGCGUAGAAAAGUGAAUCUGGCAAGUGUACCAAAUGAGUUGAAAGAGAAAAUAAGUAAUUUGACCGGAAUUAGCGGAGUCAUCGAUAACGGAAUUAUACACACUCUUUAAUAUUAAUUUCUAUAGCAGCAUAAUAGUGAUA